UGACAUACGGGAAAACAGUUUUUAUAAUUUUCCGGCGACUAUUAUUUUUUCCGGCCAGCCAGACAGUCUGUUUUUUGCUCUACAUAUUUUUCCGGUAAACCAUUUUUCAGACGAGGUUAAAAUGGCUGCACUUCACGGCGGAGAUGGUGGUAACGACCCUCCAAACUGGGGGUGGAAUCCCGAAUGGGGUUGUAGGCGUACGGGUGGUAUUAGCACAGGGAGAGCUGUUGCUGCUAACAACGAUCUGGAGCGCGAGUUUCAGAAUUCGGGACGCCGAAUCUCACUUAUGUUGAAUAACGAUCUAAGUAGGUGGCAGGCAAUCGGGGACCACGCCAAGUGGUACAAGAGCUAUUUGGGGACCUAUGUCGCUACCGUCCCACAUAAUUACGAGUCGUGGGAUCAGGUGCCCCAGCCCAUCAAGGAUGGACUUACUGACUGGCUUAUGAGACGGUUCUACUUAGAACCAUAUCUAGGUCACCCAGAAAAUCACCCGUUACGAGAGGCCGUGACCAGGAUGAUACGUCAGGAUGCCCUGAAGAUCUACAGGGAUAAAAAAGCAAAAUUCAAGAAGACUUGGUUCACUGACAGGGGUGGGUCCCAGAGGCUGGCAGAACUGGAGGGUCAACCUCCGUAUGGGAUGCCUCCACAGGUGUGGAGUUAUCUACUGGGUUACUGGACCAGCGAGCCCCGGAUGAUUGCUGCCCAAAGAAACACGACAAACAGGCAGCAACAAAAUAAUUUUGUCAGUACUCACGGUCGGCAGUCAUACGCUCAGCGUGAAUGGCGUUACGCUGAAGAUAAUGACGGGCGACGUGAGGAGCCACCCGAGUUUUAUUUGCGGGCCCACACGAGACGAGAUGGGAUGGUGCAGGACGCAGUUAGGCCCAUUUAUGAGCGGCUUCUUGAUACCCACCAAAGACUUUCCCAAGUGCCCAAUACCCCGCCUACGCAGACAUAUGUGGACGCUUUAGGGACACGAUCGGGACAUACUCGUGUGGUUGGGCGUGUGGUUAGGGGAACACGUGGACUGAAUGUCCCCCUCCCAGAGGAUAUAGAGCAACCCUUUCCAGCCCAGCAGUCACCGUCCUUUAACGUCAAUGAUAUGUUCGCCCAGGGUAGCCCUUGGACCCAGUCAUCAUUCAAAGACGGACCUAGCACGUCAUCAUCCCAUGCUGGGCCUAGCACCUCACGGGCCCCCACACAGCGGUUGGGUAGUGAUAGUGAUAGUGAUAGUGAUGAUGAAAGUGAUUAGUUUUCCCUUUUUUUUAUUGUUUGUAUUCAUCGUUUAACUGAAGUGUGAUUUUCUUUUGUAAUCUUGAUUUGCGUGAAAUUUUCAUUUGUAUUUUUUAUGUUUU